UCUACGUGAUGAAAAUCCUGAGAAUAAUCCUGCCAGAAUAUUUGCGAGGUCAUGGCCCACGCCACGAGACACGAGGAACGCAUUCGUUGCGCAAAAUGCAUGCGCUCCUGUGAUCCCAGCCGCAGUUUUGAAGGCAGCCACCAGCAGAACCAUUCUGGCGUCCCAGUUCACCAUGGCUACCUUCCUCAAACUACCGGAAGGCGAUAGAACCUGUAAGGUAGUGGCCGCACUGGCGAUUCUACUCAUAUUUGGAGUUGCUACGGCUGGAGUCGCCUACGGAACUUCAUACGUCGUCCAGUACUUCAUCGUCCAGCAACAGCUAUUCCGUCGACAGCUGGAGGAAGCUCUGGAAUGGCCAAUGCGACCCCAGCAUAUGGGUCCACGACAACCUUUCCUAUACGCCUGCCAGUCCCAGCAUUGCCGUCGUCAAGGACAACAUCUGCGACGCAACGUAGCGUGGGAGUUGAAGCCAUGCGACGACUUUUACGAAUUCGCCUGCAGCGGCAAAGAGAGCUUCAAGAAGCUGCUGGCUGCAGACGCGCAAGAGCACUUCCUCAGAGAAGUGCAUGCCGUGGUUAGCAAGUGGGGACGGUUCGGAUGGUUUCGUCGCUCAGCAAUCGAUACAAAGGUGUCCAAGUUCUACCACGCGUGUUUGUUUGCUCCUGACGACGUCCCGUCUGUCAACCGACAGAUGAAGGACUUCUUCGACAGCCUCAACCAGCGCAUUCCAGAAGUCUGGUCCGGGGAAGUGUCUCGCGUACUCCAGAUCUUCCCGCUGGUGCACGUGAGUGUCGCCAAGAGCCCCGUCGCCGACGGAGAAAAAUGUGUGGUCUUGCGGAGGCCGGAGAGCUUCGACAGCGACGCUAUUCUCGGAGUCCCUUCGCUGACUUCCACAAAGUUUCACGAGUCCGUCAACAACUUAGUCGGAAGCGCCGCGGCGAAAGACGUGGUCGACAUAGCGUGGAAGCUGCGGAGCUUUCCGGGACCGUACGGCGAAGCCAACGAACGCCUGGAUGAAUAUAACACCAAAAGUCUUCGAGAGGUGCAAAAGCCCAACAACUGGAAAUGGGAGAAGUUUCUGGCAAGCUUUCUCUUAGGAUACCUCGAGGUAGAUGGCAGCACAUGUGUUAUCAUAAGGUCUCCGGAAUAUCUGAGCCACGUGGACGCGGUAACGCAAGCUUUCGACCCGAUACGUGUCAGGGACUAUUUCCGCUACGCUGCCACCCUGCACCUGUUACCGUUCUUCAGGCUCGGCAAAGGCCAAAAGCACGCCACUGAACACAUCUGUUCCUUGAUGACCUACAGGCUGUUCAAUUUCGCUUUCUUGCGGCACUUCAACGACAAGUCACGCUUUGAUGUCCUCAGCAAGACCGGCAUGAAGGAAGCACUCCUCAGGAAUUCGUACGGGUACGUCCUCACCAAGUCGUCUACACUGCCGGAGACCAUCGCAUUCAAGAUCCUCGACGACAUAUCGAUUUCUAACAAGACUUAUUUCAACCCCGUAAGCGAUGUAGACGCGUACUACGAACCGGCACCGUACUCGACCGAUUACAAGGCGAUGUUGACGUCCUACGUCGUGGCCAAAUCCGCCCUCGCGCACAACUGGCUGAAAUACGUUGUCGGCUCCGCCGGAUCCGUGUUCGACACCAACCUGGACGUUACCUGCCAUUACGAUCCUGACACGAAGACGUUGGGCAUUCCCCUGUCCAUUGCUCAGAUGGACGUCGAGCGAAAAGAGUUUUUCCUGGAAUCUUCAACCGUUGGGCUUCUCAUGGCCAGGUCUCUUUAUGAGGCGUUCCAGGACAAACACGUGUCGUCUGGAGACAUGGAACACUACCGUUCAUGCUUCCAAGGCCAGUACUCAUCACUUACCCAAGACAUCAACGGAACAGCAGUCACAAUAGACGGUGUACGGACCUUCCGUUCCAACAUCAAAGACAACAUGGUAUUGCGCGUACUUCACAAUGCCUUCAGGUCAUCGGUGUCUUACUACUCUGCCCCCAGAAGUGGCCGUGUUUACAGACAAGCCCUCCUGCACUUGGAGGAACUUCCCGAAGUGAGCUCUGAACAGAUCUUCUACCUCAUGUACGCCCAGUCGUUCUGUGACCCUCAGGAGGACCUCGCCCGCGUCGUGGCAGAAGCUUCGUGGUCCCCAGCCAGAAUCCGUGUGAACGUUCCCCUGAGCAACUACGAACCCUUCGCUGAGGCCUUCGGUUGCCCCGCCAUGUCGCCAAUGAAUCCGUCUAAACGAUGCGCUGCUGCUUGACCGUCGUUUGGCUUAGACGUGUUCUGUCCGAGUGGGGGCAAUCCAUGCAUGCAAUAUGUCGGUUGGGUGCGUAUAAUAAACAUGCAGGCGGGGUUGUCAAAGAAG